UCCUGCUCCUCCCAGCACUUCAUUUAGCGCCUCCUCACAACUUUCCCAGUCAAACGCGUGUGCUCUCAGUCUCCUCUCUGCAGUUGCAGGCUGCAGCACAGAUGGUGGCUUUUGACCGCAGGUUUUGUGUGAGGACUUCAGUCCACGCGAACGCAAACGUCCCCCUUUGAAUUACGCAUUCAGUAAUCUGUCCGUGGGUGGAUGUGUCAUUUGGACGUCCCUCAACAUGAAGGGUUUUGGAUUCUGAAACACUGACAGGAUUUUUUUUUUUUUUGGCUUCAAGUUUUGAGAGUUUCGGUGGACAGAUCUGGGCGCAAUUACGCACGGACGCACAAUGGCACCGGGUCUGGAUAGACGCGCGCCGGCUCUGCUCUUAGUUUGGAGCUUUUGCGUCCUCGCAGACACAGUUUUUACAAACUUUACGCUCGACAAUGAGUUCCACUCCAGCUUCAUCCACCGCCGGCUGAAGAGCCAGGAGCGCCGGGAGAUGCAGCGGGAGAUCCUGUCCAUCCUCGGGUUGCCGCACCGGCCGCGACCCAACAUCCACGGGAAGCACAACGCCGCCCCGAUGUUCAUGCUGGACUUGUAUAAUGCCAUGUCCACGGGCGGAGACGAGGACAGAUAUUCCUAUCCCUAUAGGCCCUUCUUUACCACCCAGGGCCCUCCUUUAGCCAGCCUGCAAGACAACAACUUCUUAAACGACGCAGACAUGGUUAUGAGCUUCGUGAAUUUAGUGGAACACGAUAAGGAGUUCCUGCCAGUUCGGAGGCAUCAUCGAGAGUUCAGAUUUGAUCUGUCACGUAUCCCAGAGGGUGAGGCAGUCACUGCUGCUGAGUUUCGCAUAUAUAAAGACUUCAUCCAUGAACGUUUUGAUAACGAAACCUUCCGUAUCAGCGUCUACCAAGUGCUGGAGGAGCACUCGGACAGGGAGUCAGACCUUUUUCUGCUGGACUCAAGAGUGAUUUGGGCCGCAGAGGAGGGCUGGUUGGUGUUUGACGUGACGGCCACCAGCAACCACUGGGUCCUGAACCCUGGCAGAAACCUGGGUCUGCAGCUGGUCCUGGAGAGCACAAACGCAGAGAGCAUCAAUCCUCCUUUGGCGGGGCUGAUUGGUCGUAAUGGGCCUCAGAAUAAACAACCCUUCAUGGUGGCCUUCUUCAAAGCCACUGAGGUGCACCUGCGAAGCAUCCGCUCUGCUUCCGGAGGGACCAAACAGCGCAACCGAUCCAAAAACGCAAAGAGCCAAGAGGCUCUCAGAGUGGCCAAUAUUGCAGAAAACAGCAGCGCUGAUCAGAAGCAGGCGUGUAAGAAGCAUGAGCUCUACGUCAGUUUCCGCGACUUGGGGUGGCAGGACUGGAUCAUUGCUCCUGAAGGAUAUGCUGCCUUUUACUGUGAGGGAGAGUGUGCCUUCCCAUUGAACUCCUACAUGAACGCCACAAACCACGCCAUUGUGCAAACCCUUGUUCAUUUCAUUCAUCCAGACACAGUGCCCAAGCCUUGUUGUGCCCCCACACAGCUCCAUGCCAUCUCUGUGCUCUACUUCGACGACAGCUCCAAUGUCAUCCUCAAGAAAUACCGCAACAUGGUGGUCAAAGCUUGCGGCUGCCACUGAACCUCCCAGUAUCUCCUCACUGACAAUUCCCUCUCAGUGACAGACGGAGGGAGCGAGGCUGCUGUCAUUCGAAAUGCUGCAAAAAGAUCACAGAGACAUUCAUGUGGUAAUUUGUGGGUCCAGACUUUAACCGGCUUCCAAAGGGACAUUCACACCCACGUCAGGCAAUAAUGUUUCUGCAGUUUCUUCAGAAGUUCUCAUGUUUUUUUCUAAUUAAUAAAAAAUAGCAGUCAGACUUUAUUACUGUGGAAGCAUAUUGCAUUAAAAAACUAAACAAAAAAACAGGUCAUCUGCGUGCAUUAAAAAAAAAAAAGUGUUUUUUGCUCUAAUUUUUUUAAGAAGUACAAAAGCGAGGAACAACAAACAGGCUGGGCAUUAAACUCAUCUACUCAUGAAAACUAUAGGAGGAUCUGAAAAUAAAAGUUGAAAAGCCACAAUGUUUGUGUGUCACAUAAGUACGUUCUGUUUAUGUGCUCGUCACGAUGUCGUCAGUUUUGUUCUUCUACUAACUUUACUCACAAACAUUAAAGAGCACAACGUUGACGAAGUAUUAGUUAUUUUUAACAAAAUUAACUGUUAAUUUUUGUUUGUGGUGAUGCAGAAAAGAGUUACAGCUGGAGUUUUUGAUAAAGAAAUAGUGUUUUUUUCUAAGCUUUGAGGUUUGUCUUGAUGUUGAUGCUCAUGAAGAUGCAGAGGCAGGCACUAAAAUGCACUAAACAGACCAGACAAACAUUAGCAAUUUCUUUGUAAAUCAUCUAUAAAUAAUCUUAAAAAUAUCCCAAGUACUUAUUGAUAUUAAAACAAACUUAAUAGAAAUCCAUAAUAUUGUUUCUCUUUAUCUUAGAGUGAACUAGUGUGGUUAUUAAUGCAAGUUGUAGACGUGUCCUUAUCUUCUCGCUUUAAAAAAAAUAUAGAAUUGAAAAAACAGACAAAACAAAAUCUUAAAACAGAAAAUUUGUAUCAAAAAGUUAGAAAAAUAUGAUGAAACAAAAAAAAAUAUUUAAAAGUUGGAGAAAAAAAAUCUCAAAUACCCCCCAAAAAUUGUAUAUCAAAAAUAUGUUUUGUUUUUUUUUAAUCUCGAAAAGCAGACAAAGUAACCACAACCACAACGUGAACAUCCUGGUCAACCAUGAACUUUGCUGUUUGGUGGCCAACAAUGUCAUCAGGAUUGACUCAAACAAAAAUAAAUGGUUUAUACUGUUUGAUAUUUAAUACUGUCUGUAAGGUUCAUGGAUAACUUAAGUAGGAAUAAGGAAACAGACUGGUGAUAUUGUGACAAUCACAGAACUGACUUGUCGUUACAAUUAACUAUGAAAUUGCGCAAAUUGGGCUUGUGAUAAUAAUUUAGUUUAAUGGAAACACCACAAAACUUAAAUGCACAGUUGAGCGUGUCAUGCGGAAAUGUUGGAUCCACAGCUCCUCUGUAAAAUCACCAACCAAGACGUCCCAAAUUGCUUCAUCCGUAUCCCCUCCCAGGAAGCUUGACGCUCCAUAACCUGAAUAAGACGGCUGCGUCUCAUUUGGUAGAUGAUGAGCGCUUGUGCUGUGGAAGAAAUUGGAAUUUAUCUUGUGCUAUCCAACAGAGAAAAAAGAUCCAACUGCUUACUUUUAAGGUUUAUUUUGAUAAAGUUUUGCGCAUUUAUGUUAUGAAAAUGCAGCUAUUGUGGCUUAAUAGCAUCUUAUAGUUUUCAUGAGCAGAUAAGGUUAAUUCUCAGCCUGUUUGUAGUUCUUAAAAAAAUAGGAAAAAAACACAGGAAAAGUAACAAUGUAUUUUUAAUACAUGAAAAAUUUUGAACGAAGAUUUUUUUAAUGAAUGCAAUACACUUCCAUAAACUGCAGACCAAAAAAAUAUAUUUAAAAAUUGGUGUUAGAGUACACUCCCUACACUCACAUUCUUUGUGCUUUCUACUGUGUAUGCAUUUCCAGCAGUGACUGUACUGUAUAGUCAAUCAAAUGAAACAGUAAUUUUAUUAUUUUUUAUAAUACUUUAGUAUGUUAUGUAUAUAAAAGCAGAAAGGUGCGGAGGGUUUUGUAGUUUCUGUACGAUAGUGUGUAAAUAUUUUUUUUUUUAAACAAAGCAACUGUAUUUAUUUCCUGGUUCGUCACCCGGAUGUGUGUUUUUCCCGAUAUAUGAUGCUGCUUGAAUUCUUUCUCAAACGGACACAAACAAUGGAAGUCAAAUGAAAAGAGGCUGGCAAAGAUCUCAGCAUCUUCAGGUUUGUUCUUCUCUGCUGUAAUGUAAUCUGACAUAUUUAAAAAAUAAAUAAAUAAAUAUGGGUUUAUUUAUUGGGAGCCAGCAGCAUUGUUCCACAGCUGGCUCCAAUGGUUAUUCUAUGUUUAACUGCUGAACUGAUGAAGCAAUAAACUUGGGAGGAAAACCACUUUAAGAUUUA